GUUUACAUAGAGUUGAUCAAUCUUGUUAUCUGUGCGUAAAUUGUGGGAGGGAAUAUCAGUUUCUGUCAGUUUUGAAUCAAUUUCCAUUUUGGUGAAAACUGCUCUGCCGAAAAGAUUGGGCUGAAAAUAUACUCCAUUGAUUGGAAAAUGAAGAGCAAAAGAUCCAUAUUUGGUGCCUUGAAACACGCCAUCCCGACCUACAUAUGGAUGUUCCUAUUUGCAGCCGCAGUCUUCAUCUUAACCCUAAUCAAUCUGAACCCAAAAAUGGUUGACUACCUUCCAGAAACCUCAACAGUAGAAAUUGAGGACUUCCAGAAGGGUUAUUUGAUCAAGACCCCAGGGUGUAAGAUACCAGAGUUACCACUGAACAACACAGCACUACAGCAUUACUUCGAGUACCAAUACAAAGGGGCUCACUGCAACCAAGACAGACCGCCAUUGGUAGACUCCAAUCUGACCUCGUUACACCUUCUGGAUACGUCUUUCCAAAGCUACAACAUAUCCGACAGGAGGUCUGUGCGUUGCUGCUACAAAGAGCUCAAGAGGAAAGAACCUCAGGGUAAACCAGACAAGCAGUUCGAAUUCGGUGAAACAUGCAAUUAUUUCGAAGAGAGCAUCACAGUUAAAGAAGAAUUUGUACAAGUUCUAUGUUACUACAGGGAAAAAGAAAUAUACCAAGACUUAUUCGCUUUCGUACCAAAGAAGUCAAACGUAGCUCCAGACGUAAAUAGAGAAAAACUCAACGUUCUGAUAAUCGGCAUCGACGCUAUCUCUAGAAUCAACUUCCAUCGUCAAAUGCCGAAAACCGUUGCUACCCUGAAGACCCUAGGGUUUCAAGAGUUCCUCGGAUACAACAAGAUAGCAGACAACACGUACCCCAACCUCAUAGCUGUACUGACCGGUGAUGACGAACAGACCAUAGAAAAGAGCUGUAGAAGUACUGGAAAGUACUUCGAUAACUGCAACUUAAUUUGGAAACACUUCAAGAACAACAGUUACCUAACUUCCUUCGCCGAAGACUCAGCCUGGAUGGGUUUAUUCAACUAUCAGAAAUACGGCUUCCAAAAGCAGCCAACUGAUUACGUAUGGGGGUUCUUCAAUCGCAUCGCCGAAGAUAUGAUUGGUAACUCUCAAAGUAUGAAUGUGAUACAGUGCAUUGGAGCGAGGGAAGAUUACAAAAUGAUCGUCAAGUACGUCGAAGACUUCGUUCACCAAAUGAACCACUGGAAACUUCCGUAUUUAUUCUUUUCUUGGAGCUCGAGUUUGUCCCACGAUUUCGUGAACAAACCUAGAAUAGGCGACCAGCUCUACUCCGACACCUUUCAGAACAUGUACAAUAAGGGACACUUCGAAAACACCGUGGUUAUAGUAAUGAGCGACCACGGUAUUAGGUUUGGCGCUUUCAGGCAGACCUACCAAGGUCGUAUAGAAGAAAGACUGCCGUUUUUGUUCGUAAGACUACCUUUGGAGUUCAAAGAACGUUACCCUCAUGCUGUUGCAAACCUCAGGACCAACCUACGAAGACUUACCACACCUUUCGACCUACAUGAAACCCUGUACGACCUUGCCCACGUCGAAAACCUGCAGGAAAGUGGUGGUAGGUAUUCUAGGAGCAGAUACGGUUUGAGCCUAUUCAGCAAGAUUCCUUCUUCUAGAACCUGCGAGGAUGCUGGUAUAACAGACCAUUGGUGCACUUGUCUAGAGAGCCAACCAGUCGGUAUAACUCCAGAGGUGAGGUACGUGACAAUCUUCACUAUCAACUACCUGAACAGCCUUCUAAAAGGUUACGCUCAAUGUUCCAAACUUCGUUUGAAGACAAUCAGAAACGCUCAGAUUUUAUCUCAUGCCGAGAAGACCUUGAAAUCCAAGGAACAAGUGAAGGACUACCUAGUGAGCUUCGAAACUUUACCCGGUGAUGGCUCGUUUGAGGCUACUGUUAGAAUAUGGGGCACAGAGAAGUUGGAACUGAUUGGUACAGUCAGUAGGUUGAAUUUGUAUGGAAAGCAGAGCGCCUGCAUCACUGAUUUUCAUCUGAAACUGUACUGUUACUGCAAGGACAUAUGGAGUUGAUGGAUAGAUUGAAAACUGAAGAGUAUGGGAAGAGUUUUUUGACAAUGAUACAGGAAGAGAGGGUACAGGAUGAGAUCUGUGAAGGAAUUGAGAUCAAUGAGAACCGUAUGGAGAUUCGAUGAUAAACUGAUGGCAUCAAAAUAUUUCGUGGUUCGAAAAUAGCUGAUCAUUUCUUAAAGAAAUAAAAUACUCAUAUAACACAAUUUGUGUGUUGAAAUAUUUUUUUAAGUUAUUUAAUUAACGGACGUUUUUUGUACUAUAUACAUCCCAUAAGCAAAGAGCUAAAGAGCUCAUAGCUGUCGAAGAGUUCUUUGAUGAUAAAAGCACAAUGUCCAAUCACAUAAUAAUUGUAUUUUUUUAUCUUCUACAGCCUUAUUGUCCAAUUAAAUAUACCGAGAGUGAAAUAUUUUUUUGAAAAAAGAA